ACGACGCGACUCUUGGCUCUCAGAUGUCUUGCGUUGCAGAAUGGGAUGAGCGAGGGGGAGCGGGAGGAGUUGCAGACACAGCUAUUUCCAUGGGACGUGGAUUGUCCUCUGUUAUGGGAAGGAAAGGAAGUUGACGGGUGGCUCAUGCCUGUGUUCGAGGCCCAGCGCCUCCAGGAGCUGCGGAAAUGGGAUGCAACAGAGUUCGACCAUGAUCACGAGGAGAUUCCGCUCAGCCCCCGCAUAGCUAAUGUAUCUGGCAUAUUACUGCUGCGAUCCAAUUCCAUGCCUUCACCGCCGUCUGCACUGGUCCCGACAGCCACCACUUCUACAGCCCUACGGUCGCUGGCGCUGAAUAUCAGACACCGCCAGCCCACACUACUGACAUCUCCGCCUUCGUCUGGCAAAUCUCUGCUGCUUACCCAUCUGUCCUUGCUGCUUCACACGACGCUGAUACCUAUCCAUCUCUCCGACACGUCUUUGGACGCGCGGUCGCUGCUAGGGUCGUACAUGUCAUCACCGACACAACCGGGCACAUUUGAAUGGCGCGAUGGUGCGCUGGUCCGUGCCAUGCGACAAGGCAAAUGGAUCGUUCUGGAGGACAUCGACCGGGCGACAUCCGAGGUGCUGGGUGUGCUCAAACCCCUCGUCGAGUCUCUCGGUGCGGGGAAAUGGAUCGGCCAGCGGGCGUCGGUGGCCGUGCCAGGUCGUGAACGAGUCGCUGCCGCGGACGGGUUCGCGCUUUUUGCGACACGUUCCGGAUCCGGGCCGGCGACCUUUUUUGGCGCGCACAAGUUUGCAGAGGUCAUGCUCCCAGCGCCGAGUAUCGCCGAGCUCGAGACAAUCGUCGCUGUGCGAUUCCCACGGCUUGCAGGUGGGGUAGCGCGAGCGGUGGUGAGCAUGUGGGAUGCGGUCCAGCUGCUGGGCAGCGUCACGUCGACGAGAGAUGUCGGCGUGCGAGAGCUGGAGAAGUUCUGCGAGCGCGUGACAAGGCUGAUCCCCGCGAAUAUCGAUCUGCUCUCGGGCCUCAACCCCACGCUGCGGGAAGACAUCUUCCUUGAGGCGCGGGACGUGUUCUUCGGCUCCGGCGCGCCGAAUGCAUCAGCCAAAGCGCACCUCGACGCCAUCGCCGUUUGUCAGGGUUUGUUUCCUGCCUUGGGCGGACAGGUUCUGGAGAAGAUGAUCACGUUCAACACCCCAUUGAAUGAAGAGGUGUCAGUGAAGAGGAGCUUUAACCGAGCCAGCAGUCCCCAGGAAUUCAAUCUGCGCGAUGUGCUGCGGUGGGCUACGCUCGUGUCUGUUUCAAUCCAAGGCAGACCACAGAAUCUCUUGAGCAACGUGUACCUGGACCGUUUCCGGGACGUGGAGGACCGCAGAAAAGCAGCAGCGCUCUUCGAGUCUGUCUUCUUCGAAGAAGCAACGACUGCCGCGUCCAUCUAUGUGCAGAUCGGCAAUUUCCAAACGUCGCGUCAUGCGGGAUCUACAGCACUGUCCCGCCCUCCGCGAAUUCUUCCCAGUCAUCUGUCCGCGCUCGAAUCUCUGGGUCUUUGUGUGUCGCAGAACUGGCUCGCGAUUCUGACUGGGCCGAAGAAUACCGGCAAGUCAUCCGUGGUCCACCUUCUGGCCGAUCUGUGUGGUGCACCGCUGCACAGCGCCACUGACACCGGCGACCUCCUGGGGUCGUUCGAGCAGCUCUCCGGUGGUGGCUUUGCGUGGAUCGCGGGGCCGCUGGUGGAGGUGAUGCAGUGUGGGACCUGGCUUCUCCUCGAUGACGCGAAUCAGUGCCCGCCGUCCGUUCUGGACCGGCUCAACUCGCUCUGCAAAUCAGGCGGCGUGCUCACCCUGAGCGAGCGUGGGUUCGUCGAUGGCGCUGUGCCCGUGAUCCGCCCCCAUCCGGGCUUCCGACUGUUCAUGGCGCUUGAUCCCGCGAACGGCGAGCUGUCGAGGGCCAUGCGGAACCGAGGUGUGGAGGUUGCGCUGGGUCCGCUGGUCUUGGCGCACGCCACAGGCAGAGAGAUUGACCACGACUCUGCUGGGUCCGCUGUGCUCGAUCUUACCGGGGUGCGAUCCCCCAUCAGAGCUCCCGCCCGACAGCAUCUCGCUGCGCAUACUGUGUCGGCAGUCUAUGCUCGGCACUUCCAGCGGUUCAUGCAGACCAUUCCCGAACUGCGUGUGGCGGGGAGGAUGAGGGAGUCCCAUGGGACAGCCUAUGCCUCGAGAUGGGGUGUCCCAGUCGAAUUCGUUGCUGCUCAGCCCACUGUUUUCUACCUGUCUUCUCCAGACGAAUCGACACUGGUGUCUCAUUCUGCGCGCGGUCGAACUUGACAUUACGCUUCGCGUUCAACUGACCUCUUAGGAAGAGUUCAAUAUGUCCAUAUCGAUCAAUAUCGCAUCCUCAUCCAUUUUAGACCUGUCAACGAAGCCCUUGUCCGGGAAUGUACCGCCUGAGUGGCCCAGUGACCUGAUGCACUCCGCCCGGGCAUCGAGGCAGGAGCGCGCGUCCUGCUGGAUGGGAAUGCAUCGAGAGCCGGAACGCCGUUCAGCAUUCCUCGAGAUACAGCCGACAAAUCACCUUGGCAUGCAUGUUUUACCAUUCACUGCGUCGUCCGAGUGGGUCCGAGCACUAUAAAACAUUGGGAGAGAGGAUGGGCACGGCAGCUUCCAAGUCUUCAAAGUUGCAAUGUUCCCUACCACUGCUCUCUUCGCUCUCUGUCUCGCUGCUGUGUCUCAGGCGCAGCAGAUCGGCACUCUGCAAUCGGAAGUACACCCGACUCUCACCACUCAGCAGUGCACAGCGGGCGGAAGCUGCACUACGACGCAGAACGCGAUCGUCCUCGACUCUAACUGGCGCUGGACUCACUCUACGUCGUCAGCCACCAACUGCUACACCGGCAACACCUGGAACGCCGCUCUAUGCCCCGACGCCACGACUUGCGCGCAGAACUGUGCUCUCGACGGCGCCAACUACCAGAGCACGUACGGGAUCACGACCACCGGCAAUGCCGUGACGCUCAAGUUCCUGACUGGCUCGAACGUCGGUAGCCGAGUGUACCUGAUGGCGGACAACACCCACUACGAGAUGUUCCAGCUGCUGAACCAGGAGUUCACAUUCACCGUCGAUGUGUCCCAGCUGGGAUGUGGUCUCAACGGCGCGCUGUACUUGACCGAGAUGGAUGCCGACGGUGGCAUAUCUCGAUUCCCGAACAACAAGGCCGGUGCCCAGUACGGAACCGGCUACUGUGACGCACAGUGCCCUCAAGAUCUCAAGUUCAUCAACGGAUUGGCCAACUCUGCCAACUGGACGCCCUCCACGAACGACCCCAACUCGGGUACUGGCACGAUGGGAACCUGCUGCAACGAAAUGGACAUCUGGGAGUCCAACAAGUUCGACGCGGCGUUCACGCCUCACCCUUGCUCUGCCGUUGGGCAGACGAUGUGCACUGGCACCGACUGCGGUGACGGCAGCGAUCGCUACAACGGUCUGUGCGACAAGGAUGGUUGUGACUUCAACAACUUCCGCUGGGGCGAUAGCAGCUUCUUCGGACCCGGUCUCACCAUCGACACGACUCAGCCAGUCACGGUCGUCACCCAGUUCCUGACCAACGACAACACCACGACUGGGACGCUGUCCGAGAUCCGCCGUCUCUACGUGCAGGGCGGCAAGGUCAUCCAGAACUCUCCGGCCAAGACUCCUGGCCUUACUCAGUUCAACUCGGUCACCGACGCGUUCUGCAACGCACAGAAGAACAUCACCGGAGAUACCAACAGCUUCGAGGCCCGCGGUGGUCUUGGAACAAUGAGUGCUUCGCUGAAGCGCGGCAUGGUUUUGGCGCUCUCAGUCUGGGACGAUGACGCCGUUGGAAUGCUCUGGCUCGAUGGACAGCAAUACCCGUCGACGAAGAGCGCCUCGGCCCCCGGUGUUGCGCGUGGACCCUGCUCGGCGACCUCUGGGGAUCCCAAGACCGUUCAGGCCCAGCAGCCCAAUGCCCAAGUCACCUUCUCGGACAUCAAGACCGGCCCGAUCGGCUCUACCUUCAGCGGCACGACCACCGGCGGCGGCUCGGGAACGACCACCUCGGCUACGACACACUCGACCACCACUGUCUCUUCGGCGACCACGAGCUCUGGUUCCAGCUCUACUGGCGGAACGAUCCCCAAGUUCGGACAGUGCGGUGGCCAAGGCUGGACUGGCUCGGGAACCUGUGCGGCUGGAAGCACCUGUGUGUUCAGCAACCCAUUCUACUCUCAGUGCCUGUAAACGAUUGAGGCACGUGAAAUGAUUCAAUAGCUCUCUGUACAGUACGCGCACCCUGCUGUGUCAUACAAUUUGAAUAAACGGGACCGCUACAAUUCUC